AUGGGUGACCCAUUCCGAACCCUUGCCCACGCGUCGAUCGCCGUCUCACUCCUAUCUACUGUAAUCGUCAUUACUCUCUCCAUUUCUCUACACCAAAAUGCCACCAAUGCCCGUGAAGGCAUCCAAGAACGAGCUGAAGUCCUAAAGAUUGUCCAAAAAUCAUUCUGGGACCAGAUUCAAUGGAACAUCCGAAGAAUGCCAUGGCUGGGAUCGGCCAUUCGAACUCGACGUAGCUAUGAGAACAACCCGGAGGGGAGACUGAAUGACCAGAAGGGCGUACUACAUCAGUGCAGUCAAUGUCAACGACUGGCUUGUCCGAUGGGUCCGACCGGGAAAGAAGGGCCGACUGGUCCUGAUGGUAUGCCAGGGCUUCCUGGAAAAACUGGAUAUCCGGGAUCCGACGGUGAAGACAUCGAACUCGAUUCCCCUAUCGAGCUACCAUGCACAAUUUGCCCAUCCGGACCUCAGGGCCCACGUGGUGCUCAGGGUGAGCGCGGGCUGAGUGGAACCCCUGGAGGAAAGGGAAUCCCUGCUGGUGAGGGAGUGAAAGGACCGAAAGGACCCCAAGGACCACGGGGUAUGGCAGGGACUCGUGGUGUCCCCGGCCGUCCUUCUAACAUCCCCGGGACUCCCGGACCGCCUGGAGGACAAGGAAAAAUCGGAAAGACUGGACAGUACGGUCGCUUCGGUGAUAAGGGAACUCCAGGAGCACCAGGAGAUGCUGGACUACCAGGCGCGUAUUGCCCCUCGGACUGUGGAGUCAACACAAUUGUCGCUGAUCUGGUUCCGCCAAACCCGGCCUCAAAUCCUAAUGGAUAUGAUAAGCCUGAGGAUGUUACGCCGAGAAUUCGGACUGAAGACGAGCCAAAGGAGGGUAAUACAGGGUAUGAUGUUGAUGUACUCGAGCGUAAACUUCAAAAAUCAGCUUCGAAGGCACAAGUGGAGGUCCCGAAGAGUCCAGUCGAAUACGAAGAACAGGGAUAUCGAAUGCUUUUCAGUGCUGCC